UUUACAUCUGAUGAUAUAUGUAAACAAGAAUCUAUAUAUAACUCUAGAGUAAUGUGUAGGUUUCUAAAUACUGUUGUUAUGGCCACACGUAGUUGUCGUUUUAUUCCUGGUGAGACACGCCUCCAAGCAAUUAAACUUGAGUUAAAGCGCCAUGAACUAUCCACCGGUAACUAUUAUAAUGCCGAUGGUAUUAUUGUUGAUAAAGAGUCUGACUUGGAAUUGGUGCUUUUGGAAAUAUCAGGUCCUUUUAACUUGAGUGAUAUUUCCAGAGAAACAACUGAUCAUAUAAAAGAUGCAUAUGCUCGCAUUUGGUCUUUUAGUUUGGUUAAGAAAGAGUUAUAUGUACUCAACCGAGUACGAAGCGCAAAGUUACCAGCGAACCAGGUAGACUGCAAGGAAGAGCUUAUCAAUGUUACAAAUACAAUGUGGGAGCUAAAGAACAUUAUUGAACAUUCUUGUGAAACACUAAAGAAAAUCAAGCAGUCCCAUGAAGUAAACAAUCAAGCAAUAAAAGAGAACCUCCCUGGAUCUGAUAAAAUAACAACAUUUGUUGAUAAGACAAAGAUAACAAAAGAAUAA